AUGCCCGAAGGUAUCAAUGACCGUCUGAUGACGCUGCGACUACCGUUAACGAACAAUAAGAACAUGACGCUCGUAAGUGCCUAUGCUCCAACGAUGACUAAUCAAGACGAAACAAUAGACAUGUUUUACGAAGACCUCGAGUCUGUCAUCACUUCCGUUCCAAGGUACAAUAAGCUAGUCAUUCUUGGUGACUUCAACGCACGUGUAGGCUCAGAUCAUGUGACCUGGGAGGGUGUGGUUGGGAAGCAUGGUAUUGGAACGUGCAACAGCAACGGCCUACUGCUACUCCAAACGUGCACCGUCCAUGACUUGACCAUCACGAAUACUCUCUUUCGCUUGCCCACUCGCAACAGGACAUCCUGGAUGCACCCGCGUUCAAAACAUUGGCACCUGAUUGACUAUGUCAUUACUCGAAAGAAUGAUGCACGACGGAGAAAACCUCAAGGUCAAAAAAUGUUAAGGAGAUUGAAUGUUGCCCGGCUGAAGAUUCCUGAAGUUGCUGAGGUGUUUCGGAAGGAACUGGAAUAUACCAUCACGAAUGCCAUUGCAGAUGCUGAUGCUGAUCCCGAAGAGCAGUGGACGAAGCUCCAAGAAGUUCUCCGUGCUACUGCUUCACAGCACCUUGGACCACUCAAACGCAAGCACCAGGAUUGGUUUGACGAUAGUGACAAAAAGAUCCAGGAUCUGCUAACCGAGAAGCAUCAGGCCUUUAUGGUUUACCAGAAUGAUCCUGCUUUGGAGUCCAAGAAAGCGGCUUUUGCAAAUGCCAAGGGGAAGGUGCAAAAGGAACUGAGACAGAUGCAAGAUGCAUGGUACGGUGCCAACGGUGAGGAAAUCCAAAGCUACGCCGACCAGAAUGACAGCAAGCGCUUCUAUGAAUCAUUGAAAAUGGUUUAUGGACCCAAGUGUGCUACCUUGCUCCCACUGUUGAGUUCAGAUGGCAGCCAGCUCCUCAUAAACUGGAAGCAGGUUCUAGAUAGAUGGGUUGAACACUUUGAAGGCAUUCUGAACAGACCAUCCGUUAUAAACGAUGAGGCCAUUGACCAACUACCUCAAAUAGAUAUCAAUGAGAAUCUCGCGCGUCCUAUAACGGAAGAGGAAGUGAAAGGAGCAAUCCACCGCACGUCAAGCGGGAAAGCUCCAGGAUCGGACGGUAUUCCAACAGAAGUGUUUAAAUGUGGGGGACACGCUCUCAUUCGGGAAUUGACUGAACUAUUCCAGAGUAUAUGGGACACGGAGCAAAUCCCUCAGCGACUGAAGAAUGCCAGCAUCGUCCGCAUUUAUAAAGGUAAAGGUAGUCGUCACGCAUGCGACAAUUACCGAGGCAAGGAUGCUAUGUAUUGCCUGGAAAAUAAUGGCACGCGUGUUGUUGAACCGUCUGCAGCAGCAUCUUGA